GCAAAACAGUCAGACGCUCAGUCACCGGGAGGCUUCUCCACACUCAAGAUAGCUAAAUGGUUCCAUCAUCAUACUGAUACUGGUGAAAGACUUGAGAAACAUCAGCUGCCUCCUGACUGUGGUGGGACUUCAUCAACAUUUCCUCACUGGGAUCGAGAGAGGUGGAGACAGCAGUGUGAGGCUCGGCAGGUCGAGCUACAGCCCGGUAACUCAUGGCGAUCAACACAGACGUUGAGGACUGGGCCGGGGUUGGGAGCCAUGACUCUGGAGAGCGAGCCUGGCUCCUGCAGAGCCCCAGCGUGGAAUCGGUCCGGCAUCUUGAGACGGAGGCCGGGGGGGGCGGCGGCGGCGUGUCGUCCUGGGCAGCGGUCUUCAUCGUAGUGAACGCAGCACUGGGAGCAGGUCUACUAAAUUUCCCCGCAGCCUUCAAUAUGGCAGGAGGAGUGACUGCAGGAGUUAUUCUCCAAAUGUUUAUGCUGAUCUUCAUAAUCAGUGGAUUGGUGAUCCUGGGCUACUGCUGCCAGGUGAGCAACGAAAGCACCUAUCAGGAGGUUGUCAGAGCCACUUGUGGGAAAUUCACAGGGAUCUUAUGUGAAGUAGCCAUUGCCAUCUACACCUUUGGGACCUGUAUUGCUUUCUUUAUUGUCAUUGGAGACCAGCUGGAUCGCUUGGUGGCUGCAGUGGUUCAUGACAAAGAUGGCUCAGUCAGCAGCGCCUGGUACACUGAUCGUAAAUUCACCAUCUCUGUUACUGCAGUCCUCAUUAUUCUCCCUCUCUCCAUCCCCAAAGAGAUUGGCUUCCAGAAGUAUGCCAGUGCGCUCAGUGUGAUGGGGACCUGGUAUGUGACCAUCGUGGUCAUCAUCAAGUACAUCUGGCCGGAUAAAGCGGCGAUCCCAGUCUACGUUCCCACCAGUUCUUCUUCCUGGACUGCAGUUUUCAAUGCAAUGCCCACCAUAUGCUUUGGCUUCCAGUGCCACGUCAGCUGUGUGCCGGUGUUCAACAGCAUGAGCAAGAAGGCGAUCAAACCGUGGGGAGUCGUGGUCACUUUUAGCAUGAUCAUCUGCCUCUUCGUCUACACAGGAACAGGUGUCUGUGGCUUCCUGACGUUUGGCUCUAACGUCAAUCAGGAUGUGUUGAUGUCGUAUCCUUCAGACGAUAUUGCAGUGGCCAUCGCAAGAGCUUUUAUAGUCAUCUGUGUCAUCACCUCCUACCCCAUUUUACACUUCUGUGGCAGGGCCGUCAUUGAGGGGCUUUGGCUGCGUUUCCAAGGUGAGCAGGUGGAGUUGUGUGUGCGUCGCGAGCAGAGGCGGAGGAUCCUGCAGACGCUGGUGUGGUUCACCAUCACCCUCACCCUCGCACUCUUCAUCCCGGAUAUUGGUCGGGUGAUCUCUCUGAUCGGGGGAUUGGCUGCCUGCUUCAUCUUUGUCUUCCCAGGUUUGUGUUUGAUGCAAGCCAAGCUGUCAGAGACAGACAGCCGAACUACAAGCUGGCAUGGAAUGGUGGUCUUCGGUAUUAUAAUGGUUACGAUUGGAACCUUCAUCUUCGGCCUCACCACGACAAACUCCAUCUACCAGGACAUCAUCAGCUAAGAGGAGCAGUUUUAUUGGAGCCAGCUGUGUCAAAGACAGAGGGGCCUCAGUCCUGUGCUGCUAUUUCUGAACUACGAUGGAGAGAAGCAUCUCACGACACUCAUUUAAAAAAAAAUUCCUCCGGCAUUUCACAUCUCUGCUCCACACUGAGUAAAAGCCCCACAGAUCUUUACUCAGUCAGGUAGUACUCGGAGACAUCCUGCAAUGCCAAAUGACUUCAGACACUUUUAUUUGAUGUACAGUUUAAAGUGCAUGUUUUAUGUUUUUAUGAUGGUUGGAAACCGUUUGUGGCGGUUUAGUGGCUCCCUGUACGUCCUGAGGGACUUUAUAUAAAGGGGUCUUACAAUCAAAUUGAUUUUAAUAAUGAAAUUGUACCAAUUUAUGUAUUUUAACUUGCAUGUCUUCAUGUUUCUUAUCUAAAAUAUUGACAUGUUGUGGUUCUCAGAUCAAAUACAGUUCCACACUUUAUAGUGCUGCUGCUAUUUCCCACAAAAGAAUUUAGUUUCUUCCCCAAUAAAAGUUUUGACUGGGUGCAGACGAAAGUACACAAACAUUGAGUGGUGUGAAAACUGCAGGCCAGCUCUUUUCAAAUCUUUGUGUAAACAUUCAAUACCUCUAAAUGAGUUGAAAAAUAAUACAUUUAGGAAAGCAUGAGUUUUGUUUCUUAUAUUAGAAUUACUAAUGAUUUUAUAAUUGGCUUUGAGGUGAAACUGUAAGUCAGCAGGUCUUAAACAGUCAUGCUGAUGAAAACCCAAACUCUUUCUGUAUGCAAAAAAUGAUACUAAGAACUCAAUUUGUACACUAUUUACAGAAAAGUGACUCAGGCACACUGAUAAUUUACUUGAAUCUGUUCAUGCUGAAGACUAAGUUUUUUUUUAACCUCAAACCAAUGUGAGCUUUCUUUUAUUACCAAAUGUUCAAGACUUGACGCUAAUAUGAUAUUCAUUAAACAAUUGAGAACAGUUAUUUAAACUGCUGGUCAUUUUGGGUAUGUUAAUGCAAGUGAGAUUUGAAAACUUUCAGUUUGUACUUUUUAUGAAACCCAGCCAUACUGUUUGUGGAAAAGGGAGUUACAUUAAGGGAUUCUUUUUUUGUCAAUGGUAGAAUACAUUUACUAUGUACACACUAAUGAAGGUAAGGAAACUAGUUAAAACAAUGCCAUCUGCCACCAGUAGGAGAACUUGAAUGUGUAGUUAUUGCUGGGAUUUUAAUUGUUUUUAUGAUUUGGUGUUCAGUGUCAACAUGUUUUUCCAAUCAUUUUGGUGCUGCAAACUAGUUUUUACUCUUGUCAGGUGCAUUUAUGAUUUCUGUUACUGUUUUACCAUGGAUGUCGUUUUUUUCCCCCUUCCAAGUCAUUUAGUUCAGAAAUCAAGUCGAAUGUUUUCUCAUACAGAGAAUUGACGCAAACAAAGUUAAUUGAAUGUUUUAAUGUGUAUACUGAACAGAGCUACCUGUGAUAUCCCAAUUAAAACAGUCAGGGUAUGUGAAUAAAAGCUGACAAUACA